CAGAAUUUCUCUUUUAUAACCUAAGCAAGACCUGGAGAACCUCGGAGCUGCGACCUCCAGUUCACAACACCACCUGCCUCACACCCGGGCUCAUCUUUUCAUCCCACCCCCCCCCCCCACCCUCCUCUCCGUUCACGGUGUCCCGGUAGGCUGCGACCUGCGUAGAUGAUUUAGCAGACUGCCCCUGCCCAUGCUCCUGCUCCUGCUCCUCCUCCUCUUACCCGCUCUCUCCCUCUCGCCUCGUCUUCCAGUCCAGGCGCUCAGACUCGGCGAAGCGCAGCGCCUGCCACCAGCGGUGCCUCGGGCUGCCCGGCGGGCCGUGCUCCCAGGUUCUGUCUCGCCGCACUCCGGCGGGCACUGGCGCGGGCAAGGACGCUGGCGGGGAGAACGCCCUGGGCUCAACGUACUCCAGAAUCGAAUGUUGAGAGAAGCAGUGCUUUGAUCCAGCUCAGGAGAAAAAGGAGCGGGUUCCGAGUGAGACUUCUGGAGCCAGCGGGACGUGCCAGUUUGCCCAGUGCGGCGCGGCUGCACGCACCGUCCACAAGGAACCUUCACUCAGAAGAAAUGCUGUGGCCCUUCCCUUUACCAACAGAAAAUGGAAUACAAGAGACCACAUAGCUGAACAAAUUAUAGCCUCCUCACAAGUGAGAAACCUUCGAGGCUACGUAGUUUUCAGCCAAAGGAAAAUAACCAACAGCUUCUCCACAGUGUAGACGGAAACAAGGGAAACAUGAACAUCACAAACUGUACCACAGAAGCCAGCAUGGCUGUAAGACCCAAGACCAUCACUGAGAAGAUGCUCAUUUGCAUGACUCUGGUGGUCAUCACCACCCUCACCAUGUUGCUGAACUUGGCCGUGAUCAUGGCUAUUGGCACCACCAAGAAGCUCCACCAGCCUGCCAACUACCUAAUCUGUUCUCUGGCCGUGACAGACCUCCUGGUGGCAGUGCUCGUCAUGCCCCUGAGCAUCAUGUACAUUGUCAUGGAUCACUGGAAGCUUGGGUACUUCCUCUGUGAGGUGUGGCUGAGUGUGGACAUGACCUGCUGCACCUGCUCCAUCCUCCACCUCUGUGUCAUUGCCCUGGACAGGUACUGGGCCAUCACCAAUGCUAUUGAAUACGCCAGGAAGAGGACGGCCAAGAGGGCCGCGCUGAUGAUCCUCACCGUCUGGACCAUCUCCAUUUUCAUCUCCAUGCCCCCUCUGUUCUGGAGGAGCCACCGCCGCCUAAGCCCUCCCCCUAGUCAGUGCACCAUCCAGCACGACCAUGUUAUCUACACCAUUUACUCCACGCUGGGUGCAUUUUAUAUCCCCUUGACUUUGAUACUGAUUCUCUAUUACCGGAUUUACCACGCGGCCAAGAGCCUUUACCAAAAAAGGGGAUCAAGUCGGCACUUAAGCAACAGAAGCACAGAUAGCCAGAAUUCUUUUGCAAGUUGUAAACUUACACAGACUUUCUGUGUGUCUGACUUCUCCACCUCAGACCCUACCACAGAGUUUGAAAAGUUCCAUGCCUCCAUCAGGAUCCCUCCCUUCCACAGUGAUCUAGAUCACCCAGGAGAACGUCAGCAGAUCUCUAGCACCAGGGAACGGAAGGCAGCACGCAUCCUGGGGCUGAUUCUGGGUGCAUUCAUUUUGUCCUGGCUGCCAUUUUUCAUCAAAGAGUUGAUUGUGGGUCUGAGCAUCUACACCGUGUCCUCGGAAGUGGCCGACUUUCUGACGUGGCUCGGUUAUGUUAAUUCUCUGAUCAACCCUCUGCUCUAUACGAGUUUUAAUGAAGACUUUAAGCUGGCUUUUAAAAAGCUCAUUAGAUGCCGAGAGCAUACUUAGACUGUAAAAAGCUAAAAGGCACGACUUUUUCCAGAGCCUCAUGAGUGGAUGGGGGUAAGGGGUGCAACUUAUUAAUUCUUAAACAUACUUGGUUCAGGAGAGUUUGUAAGUAUGUGUGGUCUUGUUUUCUUGUUUGUUUGUUUUGUUCUGUUUUGUUUGAGGAUUGUUAUUUGACGUGCUGUUUUCUACCUCUGGUCUUAUCUGUGAUACAUAAUUUCAAAUAAACAUUGUCACACAAAAACAGAAAUUUUGUAGGAGUAAUAAUAAGGUGAAAUAGUAAAUACUUUUUAUGGGUUUUUUGUUUGUUUGUUUUUGGCCAUUUCAGUUACCCUGCAAUUAAAGAAUGUCAAAAAUAUCUUUAUUUGCAGAAUUUCUUAUUACUUAUAAAUUAAAUACCUGAUAGGCCCUCCAUGGCAUUAAAUCUGAGAUUAUGGCUCUAUCUGCAUACAUAUUCCAGUGGGAAUUGCAUGACUACGUAAAGAAUUAAAAGAAAGUGAUGUGCUGUCAUCUACUGCUUGCAGACCUGAGCUAAAGUCGUUUGCCGUAGCACUGUGACUACAUAGCCUAUUCAUUUCAGGUAAAAAUAGUACAGCUGGCUUGUCCUUUUUAGUUCAUGAUUAAAUAAACUUCCUCGUUUUCUAAAAUGGAAAUACCUGGAAUAAAUGCACUGGCACUUUUCUAUGUCUUUUACUAUGAAUAUAAAACAUAAAUCAAAUAAGAAGUCAUCUAAAUCUACUUUGGUCAGUGUGUUGCAAUAUUACCCGAUAGACACAUUGGGCCUCCUCCAAUUCUAAAAUCUAUCCCAGCUAAGCCUCCCAUAUACACUUUCACUGUAGCAGGACAAAGGUGGGAGUACAUGUCAAAUUUGGGAAACUUUUUAAGAAGCUUAAUGAGGUGCAGUGAUCAAAUGACAGAAUAUAUUAUCUGAAGAACUUCAUUGGAGAAUAUUACUCAUUAAAUUACCAGUCGCAGCCGGGCAUGGUGGCUCAUGCCUGUAAUCCCAGUACUUCAGGAGGCCAAGGCAGGUGCAUCACCUGAGGUCAGGAGUUCGAGACCAACCUGGCCAACAUGGUGAAGCGCAUCUCUGCUAAAAAUGCAAAAAUUAGCCAGGCAUGGUGGCACGUGCCUGUAAUCCCAGCUACUCAGGAGGCUGAGGCAGGAGAAUGACUUGAACCUGGGAGGCAGAGGUUGCAGUGAGAAGAGAUCAUGCCACUGCACUCCAGCCUGGGCAACAGAGUGAGACUCUGUCUCAAAAAAAAAAAAAAAAAUUACCAGUUGUGCUCUUGGGGGAAAAAAGUAAAAGUUGAAAAUCUAUGUUUACACCAAAGGCCACUCAUCAGGAUAUGAGAAUGAAAUUGCGUCUCCUAGAAUCCCUGUGGCUUCCAUGCCAGACUGUACCCUGGGGCCAGGAGGCUGCAGGUGGGACCUGAGGCCCUGGGUGUGGCCUGAGAAGGAGUGAUUGCUCCAGUCACAUGGAGGAGUACACCAUUACAAAAUCAAGAGUGAUGGCAGGAGGACUGAAAGUUUGUACAUUCUUGCAUACUCCUAAGUAGGUGACCGUUCUCAAUCUCUGCUCCUAGUCUGUCAUCUACAGCCUCUCCCCAUCUCUUCACUCUUCUUUGUAGGGAGAAGACAUUGAUUUGCCUCCUUUCCACCUCCAUGUUUUUAGUUCUUCAAUCCAUCCCCUCUCAACCUUUCUAGAAUCUUGCUUCUUACACCCAACCUCCCUCUGCAACUUCCUUUCUCCCUCCCCAUCCCAACACUUUUCCUCCUCACUCCUCUUUAAUCUCACCUAUUACUUUGCUCAAGUCCCCUGGACACAAAAAUCAACUUCCUCUGGCCCUACUUCCCCAUCAAGCUCCUACUUCAUCUCUCCCUUAACUCUCUCACCUGGGUUUCUCCAAUCAUUAAUCCACUCAUUCUGCCUCCACUUCUCACCUUCCACUGACUUUUCUAUCCUUUUCCAUCUGAGUAUGCCCUAGUUCUACCCAAACUUAUCUCCCAAAGGUCAUUGGAGACUUGCCCGUAGCCGUUCUCUGCAUCUCUACCUGUCAUUUUCUCAUCAGUUACAACAGCUAACCAUCCCUUUCACGUUUAAGCCCAUACCUUCCAGGAUAUUUUGCUCUCCUGGUUCUCCAACUACCUCCUCAUCUAUUCUUUGUCUCCUUUCCUUCCUCCUGAGGUUUUGUCCUCAGCAAUCAUCUCCUAUAUCUCCAUAUUCCAUCCCAACUUUGGCCAUUUCAACAAUCAGUUUCAUGCCUGUGGCUUCCAAAUUUGUGACUUCAGUCCUGAUCUUUCUCUUUCUCAAACUGCAGACCCAUGAGUUACAUCUGGUGAGCCUCUCCCUAUGAAUAUUUCUUUAGUAUCUCAAACACAGCCUUUCUAUACUGAACUCAAGAUAAUUUCUCCACACUCAAGCCUUCUCUUUCUACCUUCUCAGUCUCAGAUAACAGAAUUACCAUGCUUUUUAUCAUUCCUAUUAGAUGAAUGUAAUUCUUUCUCUUUGCCUCAGGUCUCCAACAUCCAGAUAGUCCUGAAGUCUUGUCUAUUUACCUCUACAGAAACAUGUGUUUAUGCCACCUUGCUCUCCCAUAAGUUGGUCCUCUCCCCUAGAUCAAAUGUUAUUGGAUCCACCUGCCUCUGGAUUCUCCCACCUGCAACUCGGCCCCCACACAUCUCCCAGUGUGAGUUUCUCACUGAGGCAUCUCCAGACUAGCAGCAUUAGCAGCACCUGAGAACUUGUUAGAAAUGCAAAGUCAAGGGCCCCAUUCAAGACCUACUGAAUCAAAAAUUAAGAGUGGAGCCCAUUAAUCUCUGUUUUAAGAAGACCUCCAGGAGAUUCUGAUACAAGCUAAAGUUUGAGUCACUAUUUUAGAGCAUACAGUAGAUUUUUAAUUGCAUUUUUCAAAAUCCUUUACUCUUUCCCUAUCAAUAUAAAACAAAUUAAUAGUCCAUAGUAUAGCAUUCAAGGCCUCUUACAUUGUGGCCCCAAACUAUCUUUGCAGAGUUAUAUCUCACCACUUCUUUUCACCUACUUCAUGCUCCAGAAAAAUGUGAGUAUUACCUGUGCUUUCUAAACUCCCCUUUAGAAAGCACAUUUGAUCCCAUUGCUUUAGAAACCUGACCUCCAUGGCUUCACAUCUUUCUUCCACCAAUUCUUCAUAUGCAGCUCAAAUGCAAUCUCUUCUAAAAAGUCUUCCUGAGAUAACUUCUUCCUUCCCUGUCCCUAUGGAAGUCCUCUUUCCCACUCUAUGCUCCCAUAUAACUUCAAUUGUAUCUCUAAUAUUAUAUGCAUCCUAUAUUCGAGUGCAUUUGUUUGUGUAUUUGUGCUGUCUUCCCUAGUAGACUGUGAGCUCCUUGAGGGCAGGGACUGUGUCUGUUUCCUCUCUGUAUCUCUAGGGACUUGAACAGUGUUUUACACACAGUCGGCACUCAAUGUCUGUUAAUAUGAAUGGAAUUAAGUCCCUGGAGGAGAAAAUAUAAAUAUGUCAUCUUUUCUCAGUGAGAAAACAAAACUUCCAAAAUCCAUGGUGCAAUACUGACCUUUUUUUUUUCCAAAUCUUACCCUGACAUUCCAGGUUUGUUUCGAAAAAUUCUGGGAAAAACUUAUAUAUGGAAAGAAAAUAAAGUUUUCAUUGA